AUGGCUUCCUCUCAUCCCUCUCUCUGUUCCCCUCUGCUUCUGCUCCUUUUCCUUGUAACUCCACUCACAGUGACUUCCAAGACUUUCCCUGGAGACACCGAAGCUUUGAAGGCCGUGAAGCAGGGCGUGGACCCCCGGUCCAUCCCCUCGGGCUCGUGCCUCAGCACCUGGGACUUCGCCGUCGCUGACCCCUGCGACGCCGCCUUCAGCCCCCGCUUCACGUGCGGCCUCCGCUGUGACACCAGCGACGCUGCCGGCUUCCUCCGCGUCACCGAGCUCGCCCUCGACCCUGCCGGCUACUCUGGCUCCAUCACUCCCUCAGUCUGGUCGCUCCCCUUUCUCGAGUCCCUCGAGCUCGCCGACAACAGCCUCGCCGGCGCCGUCCCGCUGCCGCCUCCAGCCGGCCUUCCCCCUCGCCUCCGCCGCCUCUCCCUCUCCCGCAACGCCUUCUCCGGCGAGAUCCCUGGCUUCUCCGCCGCCCCCGCCCUCGAGGAGCUCUACCUCGACAACAACCUCCUCUCUGGCCCGAUUCCGCCGGGACUGGCGACGCUCCCCGCCCUUCGAAGGCUAGAACUCCAGACGAACAACCUCACCGGCGAGAUCCCAGAUCUGGGCCCCCUCCAAAACCUCACCUUCCUUGACGCCAGCAACAAUGCUCUCUCCGGCGGGUUCCCAUCGGGGAAAUUCCCGGCGUCGGUGGUGGAGAUCUCUCUCCGGAGCAACCGGCUGGAGGGGGAGAUCCCAGGGGCAGCGGUGGCGGCGCUGCCGGCGCUCCAGGUGAUGGAUCUCAGCCACAACGGGCUCUCGGGGGCGGUCCCCGGGGCCGCCUUCGAGCACCCCUCUCUCGAACAACUAACCCUCGCCUAUAACCGGUUCGAGUCAAUCAAACGCCCGGGGGACGGCGGUCUGGUGAGCCGGCUCAUCGCGUUGGACCUGGGCCACAACCGGCUUGGAGGGUUCCUGCCGGCGUUUCUGGGGUCGAUGCCCCGGCUCUCGGCGCUGUCGCUGGAAGACAACCGGUUCACGGGGAUGAUCCCGGCCCAGUACGCGGUCCGGGUGGUCGGGGCUUGGGGGGCGGUGCCGUUCGCCCGGUUAAUUUUGUCGGGGAAUUAUUUGUCCGGGCCCGUCCCGAGCCCGCUGGUGGGGUUGAAGGAAGGGAGCGCGAUGGUCAAUCUGGCGGACAACUGUUUGUUUCGGUGCCCGCCGGAGUUUUUCUUCUGCGACGGGGGAAGACAGAAGCCGUCCACCACUUGCCGGGAAUUCAACCCAGUAAUCCCGUGA